AUGCCAUUUUCGCAAAUGUCUGCGUUCAAAAAAGAAGCAGAAAGACUUACAAACGCCGGAAUUUGGAAACCAAUCAGGUUUUCGCAAUGGGCAUCGCCUAUAGUACUUGUACCUAAACCUGAUGGGUCAGUACGUAUAUGCGGUGAUUUUAAACAAGCUGUCAACGCGCAAAUAGAUAUAGAGCAAUAUCCAUUGCCUACACGUGAAAGUCUAUUUCACGCAAUUCGCUGCGGUCAAAACUUUUCUAAGAUUGAUCUUAAGGACGCGUAUCUGCAGAUGGAGCUAGACGAUGAUUCAAAAGCAAUCAUGGUAGUCAACACGCCGUUGGGGCUAUAUCAGUAUCAACGUCUUCCGUAUGGAAUAGCCAGCGCGCCAGCAAUUUUUCAAAGGUAUCUCGAGCAACUUAUACAAGGCAUCGAAGGGUGUGGCAAUUAUCUUGAUGACAUCAUCAUCACAGCGCCAACAUUCGAUGAGCACAUGCAACGCGUCGAAAACAUUCUCCAAGUUCUUCAAAGCAACGGUAUUAAAUGCAAACAGCAAAAGUGUUUUUUUCUCCAGGAAAAGAUCGAGUAUCUGGGUCGACAAAUCAGCGCAGGUGGAAUUUUGCCAGACGAAUCCGGCCUGGUAGCGAUAUCUGCCCCUAUCAAUAUGCUACGCCGGAAAAACGUCCCAUUUACGUGGGGCCCAAAACAACAACAAGCGUUCACAUCACUUAAGGAGCAUAUUCUUAACGCUACGCAACUUGCGCACUACGACGAGCAAUUACCUCUAGUGCUUGCCACUGAUGCUUCAUCUUAUGGCAUUGGUGCAGUGCUUUCGCACACCUAUCCUGAUGGCAGUGAGCGGCCAAUCGCUUUUGCAUCAAAGACGCUUGACAAACAUCAAGUUCGAUACAGCCAAAUAGAAAAAGAAGGCUUAUCUAUCAUUUUUGGGGUUAAACGAUUUCACCAAUAUCUUUAUGGUAGACCAUUCACGUUAAUAACUGACCACAAACCGCUGGUUAGCAUAUUUAACCCAAGCAGCCAAUUACCAACAAUGACGUCACAUCGGUUGCAACGCUGGGCCAUAACGCUCAUGUCAUAUAAGUACGAUGUCAAAUAUCGCAAAACUACUGAAAAUGGAAAUGCAGACGCGCUAUCACGACUACCGCUAGGGCCUGAUGGAGAAUUCGACAAACAAGAAGCCUGUUUAAACGUUAAAACAAUUAAUACGCCGAUAGAUCCAGACGUUAUUUUAAAGUACGCCGGGAAAGAUGCCAUUCUACGCCGAGUUACAGCCUUUGUAAAAAAUGGGUGGCCAGAAAAGCUACCUCCUCAAGACUCUGAUCUUCGUUCAUUUUUCAAUAGGAAAAAUUCUUUGACAAUAAUUAACAAUCUUCUAUGUUUUCAAGCGGAACAUACCCGUGUAGUUAUUCCAGCAUCUUUGAAACAACAAGUUCUUCAAUUACUUCAUGAUGGUCACUGGGGUACAUCCAGGAUGAAACAAUUAGCCAGACAACACGUAUGGUGGGUGGACAUCGACAACGAUAUUGCCAAGCUCGCUGCAAAGUGCGACAUAUGCAAAGCUGUAAACCCUGCUCCAGCACGAGAAUACGAAGGUUGGCCUGAACCAAACCAUCCAUGGGAAAGGGUCCACGUCGACUUUGCAGGCCCGUUUUUCGGUUCUAUGUGGCUCAUUUGUGUGGAUGCAUUCUCGCAAUUUCCAUUCAUUGCUCAACUGACGACUACAACUACAGCUGAUACAAUUUCUGCGCUAGCUGCAAUUUUCGCUAUCGAAGGAAUUCCAAACACUCUCGUAAGUGACAACGGUCCACAGCUCACAUCAGAGGAGUUUAAGACUUUCUGCGCUCAUCUGGGUAUUAAGCACUUAACUAGCGCACCGUUCCAUCCGGCAUCUAACGGUCUUGCUGAAAGAUUUGUUAGGACGUUCAAAUCCGCCGUGAAGAAAAACGUUGACGACGGACUACAGCUAAGAGCAGCUGUAACAAAGUACCUAUCGACAUAUCGUUCCAUGCCUAACGCUGAGGGAAAAUCGCCUGCCGAAAUUCUACAUGGCAGACCGGUACGAACUUUGUUAAGCCAGAUUUUCGAAACAUCGACGGUAAAAACAAAAGAUGGAGCACGCAAAAGCAAGUUCUGCAUAAACGAACCGAUCUUCGCUCGAAACUACGCUAAAGGGGAAAAGUGGUUACAAGGCAUAAUUACAAGGCAACUCGGAAAAAUGCUCUACGUCGUGAAGACUUCCUACGGGUACUUGAAACGACAUGUAAACCAACUUAAAUCCAGGGUUAGCACCAACGUAAGUUCUCAAGAAGAAUCAGAUUUGGUAACUUGGGUUCCGAAAGCAGACGACUCUACAUCGACACCUGACGAACCGAACGGGCAGCCUAUGGAAGAUAGCUCAUCACAAGGUGGUCUCCAACUUCGCAGAAGUGCACGUACUCGACAGAAUAUUAAUCGCUAUGAAGCGAAAGAUUUUCGUAAAUAA